AUGAGAAAAGCUUUAAAUGCAUCAUGGUCAGAAAUAAUAAACUCAUUAUCACUUAUUAAGAAUAAUGUAAACGAAAAAUGUAUUACCAGAAACGAAGCCAAAGGUCUUUUUAAAAGUUUACAAUCAUUGGAAACCGCAUUUUUGACCGUGUUUUGGACAUAUGUAUUAGAACAGUUUAAUAUAACUAACAAAACUUUACAAGAUACUGUAAUUGACAUUGGUACUGCUUCAAAGUUAUAUACAUCGCUUAUUAAUCUUAUUCGAGAAACUCGAAAUAGAUUUGACCAUUUUGAAGAACAAGCAAAAACUAUGUCAGGAAUUGAAUUAUAUCAAGAUGCAAAGUCCCGUCUAAAAAAAAGGAAAGUAUUUUAUGAUGAAAAAAGCGAUACUGAUACAUCAAUGAAUGGUCGUGAAAAGUUUAAAAUAUUUACAUUUUAUGUGGUUAUUGAUCGAAUAGCAAGUGAAUUAGAAAAACGGCGACAGGCUUAUGAUUUUUACUAUACAAAAUUUAUCGUAUUCCACAAGCUUAUUUCUUUAAGUGUUUCGGAAAUAAUAGAAUUUGCCAAUAAGUUACAAGAAUGUUACAAAGAUGAUAUUGAGAAAACAUUUUCAACAGAAUGUAUACAUUUUAAAUCCUAUUUGGAAUCUUCAAAUAAACAAAUUAAUUGCAUUUCUCCUCUACAAAUAUGUAAAUUAUUACGAGAAGAUUCUCUUACUGACGUGUAUCCUAAUAUAGAUAUAGUACUUAGAAUAUAUGUUUGUACUCCAAUUUCUAACUGCACUACUGAGCGUUCUUUUUCAUGUCUUAAACGAAUCAAAAAUUAUUUAAGAUCGACUAUGGGCAGUGAAAAACUCAAUAGUUUGGCUAUAUUGAAUAUCGAAGCGGAUUUACUGUCGACUUUAAAUUGCGAUGAUUUAAUUGAUGCAUUUGCCGAGGAAAAAGUAGAAGAAAAAAUUUAA